GUCAUUCAGUUCAAAAUGGCCUCUGUGUGUUUCUGCGGUGGACCGAGCUAAAAAAAAAUCCAGCGUCAGCGUCGCGGCGAGCGAUGGCGACUCGGCCCGUCGGUCACUGUCCGAGUUAUCGCCGUGUGAAGCGACGACCGUCCGCGGCCAGCGGGGCGUGCGUGCGGCGCUCGCUCGUAAGAUGAGAUCCCGCUCGUCCGCACACAACGGAAGAGUGCAGCGGAGCCUCGGGGUCAACGGGCUUCGGCCGCGGGCUUUCAUUCGCCUUUCCGCCGCCAGGGAGAUGGGAGUAGGAGGACCAUGGCGAGUCACGCCUCUCCGUCCUCCGUCGACGUCGUCUGCGCGGAGCGGGAGCCUCCCGAGAGCCGCUUGUUGAGCGUCGCCGGCCGGUGGGCUCCCUCCGCCACGGAGACGGAGCAGGGCGGUGUGGCUGGUGAGGCAGGACCGGGGUGUGAUCGCGGGGCUGUUAACGGUGGGAGCUCAGCUUGUGUGAAGACCGGUUUGGGGAGAGAAGAUAGAUUUGGAGCUGAGGAGCGCUGUGGAGAACAGGAGGAGGUGGUUAAUGGAUUUCCUGAGCCGUCAUCAUCCUUUGUAGACCUGGGUGGAGGUCAGGAGGAUGGACGCUUGAGCCCAGCCACAGCUGGGAACAUGGAUGGAAUGGCACCUCCAGAGCGAGACCUUGGAUCUUCUGAGGUGGGGGAUGGGACUGGGGCUGGUGUGAGGGUCUUGGAGCAGGAAACUGAUCCCCAGCUGGACUGCGAGCAGCUCCCCCCAGCUAUGGCCUGUUCCUGUAAGAAUCACAGAGACUCGGUUUGUUCCCAGCUGACCAAGAAAGUACCCAAUGGAGAUGUUUGCAUGCAGAUACCCAGAGGCUGCUUGGACCUCGAGAGGGAACGGAUGGAAGGAUUUCUGCACCGGAACGCUGCUCUAGAUAAAGGGGUGAGGCUGGGGAAUUGCGGGUUCUUGGUCGUGAACACUAGGUCGCUGUGGGACGCACCCCCUGGUGGUCCUCCUCGUUUAGGUAGCCCGCCUGAAAACGCCUGCUCCUCACCCGGGUCAUGCGACAGCCCCGACCAGGAGAGCGGUCACGCCAGCCUGGAGGCUUCUGAUUCGACCCAGCCACAGCAGGCGGCCAGCUGUGAGCCCGACCCUGGCCUGGACACCCUGUCGGAGCUCAGCGGAAAGCUGUCGAUAUCCCCUUUGGCUGAAAACGCCAGUGACUGCGCGGAGGAUUUCAGUGAUGCCGGCUUCUCGGCCAGGCCACAGACCCUCAGGACCAUCCCCGGGUGUCCGGUGUCGCUCAGCUGCGAUGCCACCCCUCUCAGCCCUGAGGACGCCGCUGACUUCUUCGGGGACGAGGGUGGCGUGGACGGUUGUCUGAGCGCUGGGAGUGCAGCUCGGCGGCAGAGCGCUCCUGAUAAGCUGCCAGAGGGCAUUUGUGUCGAUCCUGACCCUUCGUCUGACCCGAAGGGCACCAAGAGGCAUGGCAUUGCAGAGUUCCUGACUAGAAGUCUGUUUUCCUGGAAGACCAAAGAGCCCAGGGCUACAGCUGCUCAGAGCGCACCAGGCUGGAGAUUGUUUGGGAAAACCCCUCCAAAGGACAACCCUCCAGACUCCGGAACCAUACAGCAGGAGUGCGAGGCGAGGGCGGGACCAGGGACCGGGCCACACCCCCGACAGCCAAUGAGACGGAAGAAUCUGGAGUUUGAGCCUUUGUCUACUACUGCGCUCAUUCUGGAGGACAGGCCCGCGAAUCUGCCAGCUAAGUCUGAGGAAGAAGCUCAAAGACACAGACAGGAGUACAAUGAGAUGGUGGCGGGAGCCAAAAGGAGGGAGAUGAAGGAAGCUCAGCGUAAAAAGAAACAGAUGAAGGAGAGGUACCGGCAGGAGGAGAACAUCGCCCAUGCCAUGGUUAUCUGGAAUACUGAGAUCCUGCCUAACUGGGAAAGCAUGAGGAACACUCGGCGUGUUCGUGAACUCUGGUGGCAGGGUCUGCCCCCCAGCGUCCGUGGAAAAGUCUGGAGCCUCGCCAUCGGCAACGAGCUCAACAUCACCCCCGAACUGUAUGAGAUCUUCUUGUCUAGAGCCAAAGAGAAGUGGCGGAGUUUUAACGAGACGAGCUCGGUCAGUGAGAAUGAGGAUUGUGGCGCAUCGCUGGCAGACAGGGAGUCCAGUUUAGACCUGAUCAAGCUGGACAUCUUCAGGACCUUCCCCUCCCUCUACAUAUUCCAGAAGGGUGGACCCUACCAUGACUUGUUGCACAGUGUGUUGGGGGCGUACACGUGUUAUAGACCAGAUGUCGGCUAUGUACAGGGAAUGUCCUUCAUUGCUGCUGUCCUCAUUCUGAACCUUGAGGAGGCGGACGCCUUUAUUGCCUUUGCCAACCUCCUCAACAAACCCUGCCAAAUGGCCUUCUUCAGGGUGGACCACGAUCUGAUGCUGAAGUACUUUGCAGCGUUUGAGGUUUUCUUUGAGGAGAAUCUGCCCAAAUUGUUCCAGCACUUCCAGAACAACAGUCUGACUCCAGACUUUUACCUCAUAGACUGGAUCUUCACACUGUACAGCAAGUCGUUGCCAUUGGAUGUGGCAUGUCGCGUGUGGGACCUGUUUUGCCGGGACGGGGAGGAGGCGUUAUUCCGAACCGGAUUGGGAAUUCUGCGCCUCUAUCAGGAUGUGCUCCUGCAGAUGGACUUUAUACACAGCGCACAGUUCCUGUCCCGCCUCCCGGAGAACACUCCAGCACACACACUCUUCACCUGCAUAGCCAACACACAAAUGCUCAGCAACAACCGGAGGUGGAACCAGGUGUUCUCUGCCCUGAUGAAAGAUGGACCUAAAGAGACUGAUAAAACAGCCAGUCCUGCGUUGAGAAGCUAACGGCUAAUGGCUGACGGCCGACCUCGGGACUGCUUAUGAAGUCACUUUGUUUUUAUGAUGGAGAGGCCAUUGUCUGUCUUCAUCUUGUCCUCUACAGUAUUAAGGAGGCAGACUCCAGUUGUUCUAUGGCAGUGGAAAGACUUUGUGGAUCUGGACUGCUGGCUGAAUUCAGCCACAAGUCCAUCUUGCGUGGAAAGAACAUUGUCAGGUUUCCAUCUCGUGCCAGCCUUUUCAAUGUUACUCUUGAUAAUACACUCACAUACGCACACAUUCCUACCCGAUGUCGCACACACACACACACACAAGCACAUCCAUGCUGCCGCAGCUGUAGGGCUGCAUGACUACAAUAAACUCUCUAAUUGAGGUCG